AUAUGGUUCGCAUGCCACAGAUGGAAAUUCAUUCGAGUUCGUUGGACAUUGAAGGAAGGAAGGAAGCGGGGUCGAUAAACAAAAGCCUUCGGCCAAACCAUUCGCCGAUCAUACCUCGGACUACCUCCUUACGUUGGUCAGCAAAUCAACUCUCUCUACCGAAGGUUCCAAGUGCAUGAUCCUGCUGCUACCCAAUCAUGCAUAGCAGUGGGCAUAUAUAUCCGGCGGUCGCGCUUCGUGGAUGUACCACCGCAUCAACAUCGCCGUCAUGCCUCAUACCUGGGCAGAUCAACCAUUUACUCUCAUCAAUACGAGACAAUUCUCGCAAGACUCAUCGCAUGCUGCCUACUAUGUUGCGACACAGAUGUCGCUCGCUCAUAACGGCAUCAUAAGAGGUCUCAACUCCAUAUCUCUGCAAGCGCCAAACCUGCCAGCCGGCGAUACCACUGUAGCUCGCGACUUCUUGAUCUACUGCCAAUGCUGGAGCGAAAGUAUGCACCAUCACCAUGACGCUGAAGAAGCAAUCUUUUUCCCUGAGAUCGAAAGCAUCACCAAGAUCAAAGGACUCAUGGAGCAGAACGUAGAGCAGCAUCGGGCCUUCACGCCAGGUUUCGACGACUUCUACGAGUAUUCAAAGACUUGCCAACCUGGUAAAUACGAUGGCCGAAAGAUGAAAGCUCUUGUGGAAGCCUUCGCAGAACCACUCAUCAAACAUCUCCAUGAUGAGAUUGAGACCAUUCGCGCACUUGACAAGUACAACAGCGAGAAGAUUCGUCAAGCUUAUCGACGCUUUGAGAAGAGCUUAAUGGCUACAGAUAAUUAUCGGAUUGCGCCUUUAGUAUUUGGCACCGCAGACAGGAGCUUCGAAGGUGGUAUACACGAUUUUCCUGCUGUACCAUUCUUCGUGCCCUACGUGAUCAACUACGUUUUUGGCAUGCGGUAUCGUGGAGUCUGGCGCUUCAAUCCAUGCACUAGUUGGCGGGAUCGCAGAGAACUGCCUUACGCUUAAUUUGCAUAGUAUAGACUCUGCCAUUCGUUAUAUCUACGCAGCUUCCAGGAUUGUAUACCGUCGAGGUCUACUUCACGCUUGUGACGGCCGGUGCUGAUCAUAGCACGACCAUGGGACUGUUCCUUAAUGAGGGAAGAAUACUGGUUUGCUGUCUACAUGUAUCUCAAGCAACCUCCCAGCAGCUACUGGUAUGCACAGCGACUUCCUCACCUUUGGCGACAUCUCGACGGACCUCUUGGUUUAGUAUUACAUUUGCGGAUGGACUCAGAGGUGUAUCGGCUUCAUCAGAACAGGAAGAAAGAAAGAAAAAGGAGCAGCGCAUCUCAUAUAGUGUCUCAAGAAAAUCAGUAGUUAUGGUCUACCAGGAGAGGAAGGAGUGCGGUAUGUAAGAGCGCCCGACGAGCGGUGAACACA